GUUGAGUUCUCUCAUCAAAUAGGGCACAGCGGAAACCUUUCUCGUCUUCUCGGCCGACGAUCUCCUGAAAGAUUUCGAUCUCGCUUCUGUCUCGUCUUGUGUAAUUCAAAGCGAUGGCAUCCACCUUAGCGGCUGCUGCGGCUCGACGAGUUGCAACCCUUUCUCGACUCUCCCCUCCAACUUCAUCGAUCCAAGCCGCUAGAUUCGUUCCACGCCGUGGAAUGGCUGGUGCUGGAGAUCAUCAUGGACCUCCUAAGAUUGACUGUUGGAAGGAUCCAAUGAGCCCAUCUCAGUGGAAGGAAGAACAUUUUGUUAUUGUCUCGUUGACUGGAUGGGGUGUGCUUAUCUUUGGAAGCUACAAGUUCUUCACUGGUGGCAAGAAGGAAGAGAAAUUGGUUGAGGCGCCUUCGUCGCAUUAGAACUCUGGGAUCUACUAGCUUUAUUGAGGAGCUUCCUCUGAAAUAAGAUGCAUAACUGCAUUUUCCAUUUCCUUUUGAGUAGAAAAACAAGUUGUGAUUUGUUGGAGUGUUCUCUUUUGAUAUUUUUGAGGAAAUAUAAAAACGAUUGAUUUGGAUCUCCUCUCUUGUCUUGUUGCAAUGGGAGAAAUAUGAAAUUUACUCUCUUGAUUUUGUUGUCAA